AUGUCGCUACAUCAGAGAAGUGGAACUGAAAGGUCUUCAUGGAGAUGUGCUGCAAAGAGCACCAAGCUAAGCUGUGUGUCCUACAAGAGGAGGUCAAAGCCCUCGAAGCAGAGAACUGUCUGCUUCAAAGGCAUAAUGGAUUAUCCCAAGAUGGAUCCUAUUGGAUAUUUUGACAAGAAUCCUUUAGAAUCGAUUCAAAAGGGUUUGAAACGACUGCAACAAAAAGUUCAUGAGGAUGACCAAGCCUCAUCAGAGCAGCAAGCCAAACAAUCCAAAGAGAAUGCUGGACGAAGGACGAAGGCAAAACUGAUGGUGACGGAAAAAGAAGGCUGGAACCUGAUUGGUCCCUCACGAGCCCGUGAAUCUCAGCGAGCUUCGGUCAAUCCGAACGAGGCACAAAUCCACUGUAAGAAGGAGGAAUUGGAACAUUGCAAGUGUACAGAUAAGAAAUGCGAGAAGGUGCAUUGCAAGAAGGAGAAUUGCCAGAAUAAUUGCAAGGUCAUUAAAGUAACCGUCGAGGCAAGGGUCCAUCGCGAAAACUUGCGCCAAGGCACGGUUACCAACAAGAAAAUUCGGGAUGGAAUUAAAAAACUGGAUCACCCCGGUUUGGUAGCUGGCCACAUCAUCGCCAAGUUGCUAGGAGGGUCAGGCACCGACUGGAACAACAUCGUCCCAAUGGAUAAUGUUUUCAACAAUGGCGCUUACAAAUCGUUUGAAUCGGAAAUUCGCGAAUGGAUCGAGAAAUACUCUGGAAUGGAAGCUUGGAUUGAGGCUUAUGCUUAG